AUGGUUCAGAACAAAGGCGCUAUCUUCAAGGAAAUCCCUAGUGGCUGGCCCAUUGAAGGGCAACACCUCGCGAUCGAGGAUCGAGGCUUCGACCUAGAUGCAGAGCCUCCAGAAAAUGGUGUCACAACGAAGAAUUACUACGUAUCAUUUGACCCUUACCAACGAGGACGGAUGCGCAAGCCCGAGAUUAAGUCAUAUGCCCCGCCGUUUGAUCUGGGUAAACCAAUUACGAAUUCUGGGGUAGCAGAAGUCCUGAAAAGCUCCAAUUCGAUGUUCAAGCCCGGGGAUCUCGUCACAGGCAUGAUGUCCACGGAGGAAUUCUCUAUUAUUCCGUCACAGGAAGCGUCCACCAUGAUCCGAAAGCUUGAUAAUCCUUACAACCUUGAUCCAAAACUCUAUCUGGGUGCAUUGGGUAUGCCCGGCUUGACAGCAUACUCUUCAUUCUACGCAAUCGGCGAGCCGAAGAGAGAGGAGACUAUUUUCAUAUCAAGCGCUAGCGGGGCAGUCGGGCAAAUAGUUGGACAGCUGGCGAAGCACGAGGGGUUGACUGUCAUUGGAAGUGUUGGCUCACAAGAGAAGCUGGACUUCAUCACGAAAGAUCUUCAAUUCGACGCUGGUUUCAACUACAAGGAAGAACCAGCCACGGAUGCGCUGAAAAGGUUGGCACCUAAAGGCAUUGAUAUCUACUAUGAAAACGUUGGUGGGGAGCAAUUAGACGCUGCUCUGAUGGCAAUGAACAACUAUGGAAGGAUAGUCGCCUGUGGCAUGAUCUCACAGUACAAUGCUGCGAGCGCUGAAGAGCGGUACGGGGUGAAGAACUUGCCAGCUAUUGUUAGCAAGCGGUUGAAAAUGCAAGGUUUCAUUGUUGGUGAUGCUGGUAUGGGACCAAAUUACUCUGCGGACCACCAGAAGAAUGUGGCGAAGUGGAUUUCAGACGGUAGUUUCAAAACACAGCAAAGUGUCACCAUUGGGAUUGACAAGGCGGUGAGUGGGUUGCUCGGGAUGCUAAAGGGCGAAAACUUCGGAAAGGCCAUAUUGCAGAUUGCCGAGUUGAAGGUCAGCUGCCCCAUCAUCCCUCUGUGA